AACCCCCUCCCCCCUCUUUCCCCCGCCAGACGCUCAGAUAUACUAGACUACGAAAACUUUGCUGGAUGUUUCAGGAGAAACAUUUCAGGACCAGAUUUUAAUUAUUUUUUAUAAAUGUAUGUACACUAAGUACGCUCAUUAAAUCGUGUUUUACAAAGGGGACUUUUUGUGUCGGUAAAUUAGAACACUAGAAACAUUGUUUCUGAAGGAGCGCACUGGGCAGAGGCAAGGCAGCGACCCCAAGCAUUUUUGUUAUUCAUCUAAUCUCCACAGGCACCUCUUUUCCAUUAAUUGGACUUGUGACAGGUGACAUGGAUCUCUCUCUGUUGGUGGCUUUCUGCGCCUGUGUUCCUCCUGCUUUGGGGUCAGGAUUUGGCAGGGAGAUGCCAGGGUCAUCUAUAGGCAGGGACAUGCCAGCAUCGACGAUGGAUGAAAAGGACUAUGACUCUGCAUUUCACUACGACUAUGAAUCUCUGAGGAUCGGUGGACUGAUCUUCGCUGUGGUACUGUUUGUCAUGGGCAUUGUCCUCAUCGUCAGCCAGAAAUGCCCAUGCAAAUCAAGUCCGAAGUCACGGCCUGCUGGGGUACCUGAGGCAGAGGCAGGGGCUGUGACAGGUCCCCAGUGAUGUAACGUCUCGCCACCAGGCUGCAGCAUUGGACAGUGGAGGACUAACUAUGGCUAUCUCCCAGAGAGCACAAGGCUCCUUUUUUAAAUCUGCUGAUAUGUUCUCUUGACAUGUUUUUUAUUUUCUCUUUUUUCUAUAUGAAUGAAUCUACAGCGACAGUAUUCUGAGGGCGUAAUUGGUUGAUGCAGUAGGYUCGGCUAUAAAACCUUCUGUCAUAUGUGAUAGACACACAUGAACAAGCGAUUUUGUAAGUUAGAAGUUGACUAUUUAUGACUAUUUUAAAUUGUAAUAUUUCCACACUGUUAAAUAAAGUGAUGUAGAUGGGUAA